AUGGAAGCAGAAGUCGAGGCGACGGGAGAGCUGCAUCAUGGUAUCGGCUGGUAUUUGUGUAGGACAUCCUCUGGCUAUCCUAGGACAUCCUCUGGCUAUCCUGGGACAUCCUCUGACUAUCCUAGGACAACUUUCCUCUCCAAGUUCAAUAAUAUUUUUUCCCACUUUGUUGAAUAUCCUCUUGACUAUCCUGGGACAUCCUCUGACUAUCCUAGGACAUCCUCUGACUAUCCUAGGACAUCCUCUGACUAUCCUAGGACAUCCUCUGACUAUCCUAGGACAUCCUCUGACUAUCCUAGGACAUCCUCUGACUAUCCUAGGACAUCCUCUGACUAUCCUAGACAUCCUCUGACUAUCCUAGGACAUCCUUCUGACUAUCCUAGGACAUCCUAG